AUGUGCUCCGCUGAUCAGGCCGUUGCGCCCGUCACCAACAAUGACCACCUGGUGCAGUCGUCCGACCCCGAGCACCCGGCAAAUCUCAUCCCCGAGCUCUGCCGCAAGUUUUACAACUGGGGUUGGGUCACUGGCACCGGCGGAGGUACCUCCAUUCGUCACGGUGACCACAUCUACAUUGCCCCCUCCGGUGUUCAGAAGGAGCUCAUGAAGUCCGAGAACAUCUUCGUCAUCCAAUGGCCUACCCCCAAGUACCCCGCCACCGACCGCAACUAUAUCCGCAGGCCCCUCAAGCUGAACCCCUCCGCCUGCACUCCCCUCUUCCUCACUGCGUUUGAGCACGGUGCUGGCUGCUGUAUUCACACCCAUUCACAAUGGGCCGUCCUGGUAACUCUGCUGGUGGAGCGGGAGAAGGGCCCCGACGCUUGCUUCGAGAUUAGCAACAUCGAGCAGAUCAAGGGUAUUCCCAAGGGCAAAGGCAAGGGCAUGCUCGGAUAUCAUGACACCCUGAGUAUCCCCAUUAUCGACAACACCGCGUUUGAAGAAGACUUGACCAGUGGCCUGGAGGCCGCCAUGAACAAGUACCCCGACGCCUAUGCCGUGCUCGUUCGGAGACAUGGAAUCUAUGUCUGGGGUGAUAAUGUCGCCAAGGCAAAGACCCAGUGCGAGUCGCUGGACUACCUCUUCCAGCUUGCCGUGGAGAUGCACAAGCUGGGCCUUCCCUGGGUCAAAUAA